AUGAUGAGAAUCGUAUAGAAGACAAGAAUGGAUGAACACAAGUGUCGAAUUGUCAGGCGGGAAGGUGGGCAGAUAUCGCAACGAUGGAUAUUGGCAGUUAUGGGAUGUCUGGCAGCCGCGAAUGCCUUUAUGAUGAGAACUUGCUUGGCGGUUGCCAUCAUUGAGAUGGUUGCCACUACCGGAACGUCAAACGGGACAAGCUUGGACGAUACCUGCCCAGCAUCCGAAUCAACAUCAUCGUCGACGUCAAGUACCAGCGGAACUUAUGAAUGGAGUGAAUACACGCAGGGAAUCAUCCUAUCCAGUGUGGCAUGGGGAAACCUAGUAUCUCUAAUGCCAAGUGCAAUGAUGGUGACUAAGUUUGGAGGCAAGUGGCCUUUUGGUAUCGGUAUCUUGACAAUGGGAGUUCUGACGCUACUGACCCCGACGGUGAUCCAGGCUUUCGAGGCCAAGGGUCUGAUAGUUCUCCAGGUCCUGACCGGAGUGGGUGGCGCGGUGGUUUUCCCUUCACUUAGCUUCUUCACAGCACAUUGGGCUCCGCCGAAUGAGCGAUCAAAAAUUGGCAACAUGAUGAAUUCCGGGGCACUUUUGGGCGUAAUAGUCUCGAACGCGCUGUCUGGAGUGCUUCUAGAAAACUCCUCGAUCGGUUGGCCGAUCGUGUUCUACUCCUUCGGAGGCUUCUCUGUGAUUUGGUUCAUUGUCUGGACUGGCCUCUGCUAUAGCCGACCCGAAGACCACCCCUUCAUAACAGAUGAGGAGAAGAAACUCCUCCUGGAAACCACGAUGCAGCACAAUACUGGAAAGAAGCCCGGAAAGAAUCUAGGGAUUCCGUGGCGACAAAUACUGUCCUCCCGACCAUUCUGGGCACUGAUUGCGACCAAUAUUAGUCACGAAUGGAGCGCCAGCGUGAUGAUGACGAACCUGCCAAAGUACAUGAGCAGUGUCCUGAAAUAUUCAAUCCAGUCUAAUGGUCUGCUCUCGGCGCUCCCAUACGUAGCCAAAUGGCUAGCGAGCAACACCUCGUCUUGGUUUAUGGACUGGCUGAUAAAAGAGGGCAAGCUAUCAAGGACAAAAGUGCGAAAAAUCUUCGUCACAGUUGGCGGAUCCGGAAUGGCGUGUUUUCUGAUUGGUGCGUCGUACGCCGGGUGCGACCGGACGGUAGUCGUCACGCUCUUCGUCUUCGGAAUGGGAAUGAUGGGCAGCUUCAUCAGUGUGAUCCCAAUUAAUAGCGUUGACUUGAGCCCGAACAACGCGCAAACGUUGAUGGGUACUAUGUUCACCAUUACGGGCUUCACGAGUAUCUUGGCUCCCUAUGUUGUCGGCAUUCUAACGCCGAAUCAGACGCUUUCGGAGUGGAGAAUCGUCUUCUGGAUCACAGUCAUUUUAUUCAUUGCGGCAACGCUGAUCUUCAUUAUCUGGGGCGAUGGCGAAGUUCAGCCUUGGAACCAUUCGGACUUCGUCGAUCGAAAACGGACGGUGGGUGGAAACGAAGAAGGAGCGAAUGCAGUUAGGUUAUCCUUGAGUUAA